AUGGCAGAGAAUGGGAAAAAUUGUGACCAGAGAUGUGUAGCAAUGAGUAAAGACAGUAGAAGUUUCAUAGGCUUUUCUUCAGUACAUGAGAAGAAGAGAAGGGCUAAGGAAAAGAAUAUUGUCCUGUGGACACAGCCACAUACCUUGUAGUGUUUUCCCCUGGAAACUCUUAUAGUUUUGAAGGAAUGGACCUCAAAAUUGUGGCAUCGUCAAAGCAUUGUGGUGUCUUUUUGACUGCUGCUUGCUGUGCUGAUAGCUGUGUAGGGUGUGGAAGGAGUGCACCAACAGUGUGUGCAGUGCAUAGAAAAGCAGUUUCUUUCCUAUGCCUCCUGCUGUCCUGUUGGUUUUGGAACAGGCUUGCACACUUUCCUGCUUUACCUGCUCUCAUAUAGCUUCGACGUGGGUGUCGGUACAGCCGUUGGAGAGUGUGUCCUGCCUCUGCAUUUCAUGGCCAGCACAACUCGCCUCUCAGGUGCUGAGCCAGAUGAUGAAAAGUAUCAGGAAUUUGAAGAAAUGCUGGGACAUGUAAAGAGUUCACAAGACUCUGCAUCAUGGAUUGUUUAAAAGCUAGUAUAGAAAGUUGUUUUUUUUUUUAUUUUAAUUUUGGCCUGUGCUUCUAUUCCAAAGCCCGUAUUUGACCAGCCUAGAAUAACAUGUGGACACUUCCUUGUACCUUUUUGGACCUUAGUUGGUGCAACGCUGAUUGGAAAAGCAAUCAUUAAAAUACAUAUCCAGAAAGUCUUUGUUACAUUAACUUCCCGAAAGCACAUCAUGGAGCAGAUGGUGGCUUUCACUGGUGCUGUCCCCAUAGGUCUGUCUCUGCAGAAGCCUUUUCAAUCAUACCUAGAGGCUCCAUGGCAGAAGCUUCACCACAAGACACCACAGAGGAAAUUGACUAUCAGGAUGUUUGAGAAGCUGCUGGCUGUAAUGGUGUGUUACCUUAGCCUGGCUGUCAUUAAUUCCAUGGGACAAAGUAACACCAAAAUAAUUAAUUGGCAGAACUUGAACUCAGAGGAGAAAACUAAAUAA